GGUUUCGGAACUCUUUCGUUUCAAGCCAUGGCACUUGUGGGCACUUUGAUUGCUCCGGCGACGGCCCCGGUUGCGCCCGGACUUGCGCGCUCCGCGCGCUCCGCGCGCUCCGCAUCUGGCUUCGCUGAGCGUGCGCCGAGCGACGGUUUCGAGCAUGUGGGCGCAAAGGAGGCGCUGGCUGCCUGCGGUCUGCUGGGCCUGCAUUCGAAGCUUAGCGGCCGCUCGAGGGUGGCUCGGCGCGGCGCGCCGCCCAAGCCCAUCUGGCAGACCAACCGCCGCUCCGCAGUGGCGCGCCUGGAGAGGCAGUGGCUCCUGUCGGAGCCGAGGGCGCCGCAGGCGUCACAGGAGUCCGAGUCCAAGGAGGAUCUCCCCAAGGCCUUGAUCCGGUUCCUGGGGGGUAGCGUGCUGAUGGCGGUCCUGGCCCAGGCCUUUCUCCGUCGGGAUGGAUCUGGAGUCCAUCCCAUGGCGUGAGAGGCCUGGGUGAAGGGUGAAAUGGCGCGGCGAAUUCGAAGUCGCGCAGCCAAAGGCGGCCAACGUCUGCUGGGGUUUGGAGCCCCAAAGGACUGGUGGUCAGAAACCACCGGGACA